CCGACACUUCCGUUAGGUCUAAGCGCGCGCUCUGGGGAAUGGAACGUUACGCCGGCCGCGGGCGCGCUUAAUUCAGUGCUGCUGCUGCGUAGAGAGGAGGCGCGGGAAGGGACGGUCGCUGCUCCUGGCUAGUGCGGGAACCGGGGCUGCCAGCUUCUAAUGCCUCUGCGCCUAGCCACCAUGCACAGGAGACAUCUCCAGGAAAUCCCAGCUUCAGGCAGCAAUGUUUCCACAAGCUUCACAUGGUCCUGGGACCCCACCAAGACAUCUGAGAUACUCUCGGGCAUGGGAGUGUCUGUCCUUAAGAAAGAGAAGCUGGGGAGUGAGAACACCCCUCAGGAACUGCUAGUGUCUCUCUAUCCUCCUCAGAAACGGCAGAAAUUGAAGGAAAAGGACAAGGACUUUGUGAUUGCACGUAGGCCUAGGCUUCUGCGAGAGACAGAGUCAGGUGUUUCUUGGGAUGCAUUGCCAGAUGAACUGCUCUUGGAAAUCUUUGCAUACUUGCAUCUAAUUGACUUGCUAAAAGUUUCCCAGGUUUGCAAGAGAUGGCAACGUCUAGCGUUUGAUGAAUCACUCUGGCAGACCCUUGAUCUAACUGGUAAAAAUCUGCUCCCAGGAGUGAUUGGGCAAUUGCUCCCUGUGGGUGUAACUGUAUUUCGCUGUCCAAGAUCCUGUAUUGGGAAACCAUUGUUUAAAAACAACCGACCUCUUCGAGUGCAACAUAUGGAUCUGUCCAACUGCACAGUAAAUGUUGCAGAUCUCCAUAAUAUUCUUUGUCAUUGUGAUCGACUACAGAAUCUCAGCUUGGAAGGACUGGUGCUUUCUGAUGAUAUCAUUAGGAGUAUUGCUCAGAACUCCAGUUUGGUGCGAUUAAAUAUCUCUGGAUGUUCUAGAUUUUCUGCAGAAGCACUAGAGAUGAUGUUGAUCAGCUGUUCUGGAUUGGAAGAAUUUAACUUAUCCUGGUGUGACUUCACAGCUGAUCAUAUUAAAGCAGCAGUCAGUCACAUUUCUACAAAUAUAACCCAACUAAAUUUUAGUGGAUAUCGACAAAAUCUGCAGAUAUCAGAUAUUAAAUCAUUGGUUACAAGAUGCCCGUAUCUCAUCCACUUAGAUUUAAGUGACAGUGCAAUGUUGAAGCCUGAAUGUUUUCAAUAUUUUCGUCAGCUCAUCUGCCUACAGCAUCUGUCUCUUAGCAGAUGUUAUCAGAUAUCUCCUGCUGAUUUACUUGAACUUGGUGAAAUUCCCACACUAAGGACUCUUCAAGCUUUUGGAAUAGUGACUGACAGUUCCCUACAGCUCCUAAAGGAAACACUUCCCCACAUAAAGAUCAAUUGUUCGCAUUUUACAACCAUUGCACGGCCAACUGUUGGCAGCAAAAAGAACCAAGAGAUCUGGGGUAUCAAAUGCAGACUGACACUGAGAAAUCCUAGUGAUUUGUGAUGCACAGUUUGCUGGAUAUUUCCUUUUGUUGACUCCAAGUGUAGUGUGCUUCAUCAAGAAACCCAAACACUGGAGUAUCACUCUACUUCUUGUAAAAAGUAUUUUAACUUGUUUUUAUGCUAUAAUUUACUUUCAUAAGUAUAUUUUUACAUUGUCUUUCUUAGUGCAUUCAGAAGUGUGUCCAGAAAUCUAAUCAGGUAUGAGUAAUUGUAGACAUUUUAAAAGUCAGUUUUGCUUUUAGAAAGAUGUUUGCAAAAACUGCGUGAGUGUUGUAAUUGUGCUAAACAUGAAUGUUAGAAUAUUUUGUAAUAAAUAGUACAGCUGGUCUA